AUGAAACCAUCUAAACUGCAAGAUCAUCUGAGAAGAUGCCACCCUGAUAAAACAGAGAAAGAUUUGAAAUACUUUCAAACACUCAAAGAUAAAUUUCAGAAGAGACCUACACUGGACAGAAUGUUCGCUUCGACGUCACAAAGAAAUGAUGAUGGUUUUCGGGCGUCUUACAAUAUCUCGUUACUUAUAGCAAAAUCCGGAAAACCGCAUACUAUCGGAGAGAAGUUAAUUUUGCCAGCCGUUGAAGAGGUUUUAAAAACUGUUUUACACAAACCUGCAUCUGAUAUCAUUAAAAGAAUUCCCUUAAGCAACAAUACUGUUGAAAGACGUAUUGAUGAAAUGAGUUCUGAUAUUGAACGCUUCUUAUGUAAUUAUUUGCAAACGACCCAUUUCUCUAUACAACUGGACGAGUCAACUUUACCUGAUAAUGCAGCAUUAUUAUUGGCAUAUGUUCGUUUUAUUAUGAAUCAAGAAAUCUACGAAGAACUGCUCUUCGAAAGAACUUUGAUAACCGACACUAAAGAAUUUGUGGAUACUAAAGAUGAGAUUUUAAAAGAAAAUUUAAUGAAGAGGAAAUCAGAUAUCGCCUAUUUAACAGAUUUGUUUACAAAAUUUAAUAUGGUUAAUUUGCAAUUACAAGGCAACAGUUUAAAUUUGAUUAAAACAAAGUCCAUCUUAUCAGCGUUUCUUGUCAGAGUUAAACUAAUGAAGCAAAAUAUUGGACGGGGCGAAUUUUCUCAGUUCCCCAAUUUGUCACAGACAAGCUGCCAGGAAGACGACGUUUCAACUUACGUUCAACAUUUAAAUGCCCUCUAUUCAGAUUUUGAAUCUAGGUUUGAGGAUAUUUUGACUAUGGUAAUACCACCGUGGAUAAUUAAUCCAUAUGGUGACAUAGAAGAAACGAAUUUCAUAAUACAAGAGGAACUGACUGAACUAAGUAUAAACGAAGAACUUAAGGUUCAGUUUGAAAACGGAUAUCAGCAAUUCUGGCUGCAAAACAACAUACCCGUUACUUAUCCCAAAAGUCCUAGUGGUGCCCUCGUAGGGGUAGACGCCCCCGAAAAUGUACUUGUAAUGUCCGAAGUGUCGGAUCCUAUAUCGGCCCUCAGGCACGCUGUCUUUUAUUUCCCAUGUUAUUUCCACCUCGCUGCCUGCCUUAAGGGCGGCCGUCCUCCGCCAUACGAACCUGCAAAAAAGUUAUCUUUGUACUUGUCUAACGGUGUUGUUAUAAGGGUUAAGUGA